AGCAAAACCAGUGUACACAUCAUGCACAUAUUUAAUGGAUUUGUCAUAAGGCGCUAACAACAAAACGCAACGAUAAGAAUAGGAAACACAACCAUAAAAAUAAUUAUGGAGGAAUGUUUAUGAGCAUGGCACCUACAUCCCCAUUUAUCUUGUUUGAAGAAAAAUUGAUGGAAGUCAUAAAAAAAACACCAAAGACAUCACCCCUGGAGAUAUAUAUUUUAAAAAUAUAUCUGGAAAUGAAAACAGAAACUGACAUUGUUCAGGAAGUAGGAACCAAGUAUGACAGUCCCCCUCUAGAUGAGAAGGACAGUUGUGGACAGAAUUCAAGGAAAAGGAAAGAAAAGAAUAGACUUUACACCUGGAUAAAAAAUUUCAUAACAAGAAAGACGUGUGCACCUGUGGAAUCUUUUAAAGAAAAAUGGACCAGAUUUGCAGAUGCAAAUCCAUCUGUGGUGAUGCAGUACGUCAUAAGUAGGCCCAGGGUAAUAGAACAACUGCAAUGCAUUUUGGACUCUGAUUCAGAGAAAGAGUUAGAAAUAGACAGAGAAGAAGAUAGAAAUACUCAGAUGGAAGGUGUAGAGGCAGAAGAAGAUUUUGAGAGGGAACAGUUCAUCGAUUCAGAAGAGAAUAUUAUCAAUGAAGAAGAGGAUCUACCAACAAUGGAAACUCCAAUUUCCUAUCCAAAAAGGAAAAGAAUUCCUAGAAAAAUAUAUACUCCAAGCAGCAGUAAAGUAGCUGAAAAGCAAGAAAACAAGAAAAAAGUUGUAUCACUCAAAACUGGCAAGAGAAAAAGGAAGGCUCCUUCAACUUUCACACCAAGUGAUUGGUAAGUAUCAAAAAUGUUUGUCUUAGGUACAAAGAAUGUUGCAGAUGAGGCGAACUUUGUAAUCAUGGAUUACCCUAUGUUUUAGCAAGGCACAUUCACUGAUCAUACAAGGUUAGUGCCCUGAGGGGCAUUUCUAGAAUUAUACAGGCCCUGGAGAUAGUUUUUGAUUUGAAGGAGAAUUCAAUUUGUGUUUCUUUGGACAUCUAUAACAGCAUCCUGUUACAAUUAUAUCUUCUUAGGUUUUGCUCUUUUGAUAUAAAUUACAUGAGUUAAAAAGUAGUCUUAGAUUUAGAGUGCACUUAUUGGCAGUUAUAUGCAUGUAUUACUUUUGCUUAUAUAAAGAGGUUUAUAGCAUUGUAUAUGAAAAUCUCUGUUAAUAUCGACCUACAGGGGAUGCAUGAUGCCUUGAUUUAUAAAGGUGAAUCUAAAUUUAUAAAGGUUUGUUGUUAUCUUGAAUUGUGUCACAUUUUCUUGUUUAGGGGCUUUUUACAGCUUACUUUAUGUUGUGGAUUCUUGUCCAUUGUUGAAAGCCGUACGGUAACCUGUAGAUAAAUUUUUAUUUGUACUUGGAACCUUUCCAGAUGACUGUCUCAUUGACAAUCAUACCACAUCCUCUAUUCUUAUAACUAACUUGAUAAGAAAAUAUAAAGUGCAUCUUGAAAAAAAGCCAUGGGAUAAAUAUCAAAAAGGGAUGUAGCUAGUCUAUAUUGUUAUUGAUAUGCUUGUAUUAUACGCCUUAAAUCAUACUUUUCCUAUAGAAUAUUCAAAAUCUGCACUUCAAACUAAUGAAUUACACU